AUGGCUUCCUCCCUCGCCGCGCAGCUGUCGCAAAUUGCGGCCAAGUCGACCCACGAACUUGACCUCAAAAAGCAACGGGUCUCCCAUUCACAAUCGUUAAUUUUCGACCGCAAGGUUGCCUCUACGCAAGACUUUGAUACUAUCUACGAUAUUUGCUUUGAUGGCUUCAGAGAACUUUGUUCUCUUGAUGCCCGAUUUGAGGAGUUCGGGCGCUCUAUCUUCAGCGAGCAGAGCAAGGCCGAAGAUCGAACGCAAUUGAGUAGCUCACAGAAUAAGGAGCUCGAUGCUGUGAUUGAAUCCUUCCUCGCUCUUGUCGGAGGGCGAUUGCAGUUGAGUCCUGCAGUCAAGGCUGUCGACUGGUUGGUCAGACGUUUUAGGGUUCAUGAAUAUAACACGGCUUGCAUCCUACUGACCUUCCUUCCUUAUCACACUACUCCUCUGUUCCUCAACCUGCUCUCAAUCUUGCCGAACGAUUUGACCCCCACAUUCAAAGUCCUCUACCCAUAUAAGACUGGUCUCAUUAAUCCACCCCGGCAUCCGAUUGUGCACAGCGCUACCACGAACAAAGCGUUCUUCGCUGCACUGAAUGAAUAUGUCCUAAAAGCUUGCCACCAAGAGGCACAAAGCCAUGCUUUGCUGUCCUUCUGGGCCGGUAUCAUUACGGAGGCUGUGGCAGGUAUGUUGGAUAGCGCUCGAUCUGGUCGCAGAGAAGCCGAGAAGCAGAAACAUGAGGAUAUUCUUAUUCGGGUUCUGCCGCUUCUAAGCCGAGCUUUCACAUUGAAGAAAGUCUCUGAGCUGAUCGUCAGUUGCUAUAUGAUUUCUGUCGUGCUAGCUCAAAAAGCUUCACUGACCGAUGAUGUCCUGGAUGGCUUGAUGGAGAGUGUGGUCACCUCUUGGACAGAAGAGACCCUCAGUUCCGGUCUCAUCUGCCUAUCGGUCUUGGCACAGCAAAAAUCAUCUGCCAGUCUUUCUAGGAAGGUCUUCAAAGCCAUCAUACGGCUCGAGCGCCCCAUGCCGCAAUUGUCCGAGGUCACGACUCAGUAUCAGACUUCCAAGCUUUUGCUUGGCCUUGUUGCAGGCUGUGUUAGCAAUCUUGACAAGCAAAAAGACAAUGUUCGCCUCGCACUUCUUUCGUCCAUCUUCGAGUCUACUGUGUUGCAAGGUGAUGAUAUCCAAGCCGCUAUGGGCCUCGUCUUGAAGGCGGCAAGCGACUCGGAGGAAGCUCGUGGCAUGUCUCUUGAUGUUCAAACUCAACUCGCUGAACUCGUUCAGGGAUUCAGUCGGUCUAGCUCCCUGCAACCGAUUUUCCAGAAAACCUUGGCUGAGGCAUCUCUUAACAUUCCUGCACUUGAGCACAACCUACAAACUGUGGUCGAGGCUCCCGUGCCAACCCCGGCUAUUGAAGAUGUGGAUAUGGAAGAUGUUGGCGAUGACAAUCUGGACAACUUUACCCCCGCCCUUGAGUCUCUGAUUAAUGAAUCCCUGUUCCCAACAUCCUUCCUCAGCAAGCAGCACAUCCCUGAGUUCGAGAACCUUGUGCAGGUCUUCGCUCUGGCUGGAGAUUCACAGGCCAGAAUCGAACAGUUCACCAACCUCCCGAUCCUGGGCAAGAACAGCGCCACAAAGGGUCCCCAGUUCAUCUCAUUCUUCAUUCGUGUCAUUUCCGGUCCCUUCCCCAUCGGUAUCAAGGUUGCUGCAUUGAACAUUCUCUCCUCUGUUCUUGCAUCGACAUCGGGUGAACUCGACCCUCAGGCGCUACUGCCUUUCCUGGUCGUUGGCCUUGCAGAUCCAUCAGAACGCAUCCGCCGUGAAGCUGCUGGAGUUCUGGCCAUCCUUGGUUCUUUGUACAAGAAUAAGAAAAUGCUAGAUGCGAUCAAGCCCUGGGCCUCUGAUGUUAUCUAUGGCAAGGGCAAGGGAUCUACCGGCAUCCAGUGGCUACCUUCGUCCGAUGUAUACAAGGUCCUGGAACACGCCAUUCUCCCCGCCCUCGAGGAGUAUAUUCUUGAUCCCAACCAUAUCGGCAAGGUUAUCGACGCCACCCUCCGAGGAACCGUUCUCUCAGAGGGCUCGGGCGCCCAGGAGUUGAAGAAGUCUCUCCGGACAAGUCUCUUUACCUUCCUUUGUUCGCAUGUUAUCGGCAUGCCGGUCUUCUCGCCCAAGUUCACUUUGCUGCGCAUUCUCAACAAUGUCAAGAAGGUCUCAGGUACUAACCGCACGAAGGAGCUUCUUCCCUUGCUCGAAUAUUGGCGUGACCUCAGCCAGUCAGAGGUUGAUGAUCUCUGUGCUAAGGAGCGCUUGUCCACUGCCGACAGUGAAGGCCAAAUUGUCGCCAUCGUUGCUUCUAGGAACGAGGGUGCUUUUGAAAUUCUCCUGUCUAACAUCGCCCCCCGCGCAAAAUCUCUUAGAACUUCGUUCGUGGUGGCCGUGUUUGAUCGGAUGAAGGACAUCUGGCCCAAGGCUGCGGAACCAGACCAAUUGGCCGCCGCUCAAAAGCUGCUGGAUGUUUCUCUUGGCUUGUCUACCGGCGAAACCUCCAUGGCGGACUAUUGUCGGGAUGUUCUGCGCAGUGUUGAGCUUUCUGGGGCUAUCCUCGCAAACUUCGUUAAGAAGAUCCCCGUCUCUCUCACUGACAUUGAAUCUCUGGGACCUGCCCCCAAGCGCCGACGCACAAGCCAGAAUAACAUGGUUGCUAUGACUGUUAAGGAUGAGGCGGAGCUGAGCAAGCUCAUGGACAAGAUGACUUUCAUCCUUGAAGUUAUUGACAGCUCGAACCCAGGCUCUCACCCCGAGCUGGCUGAUGGCCUCUUCCAGACACUUGCCGCCCUCCACCACUUCAAAUCCCAGAUCCAGUCCGGCAUGAGCUAUCUCCUGAGUUUGACCUUGGGAAGUCUCUUGGCUAUUGUUAACACUUCCAAGGGAUCUCCUAAGCCCUUGUUCGAUACCUCGGUUAUUCGUGCCGACCUGGUUGUGGAUUGUGUGCGGACUACCGACAGCCCCCAGGUCCAGAAUGCUGCUCUUCUGCUUGUGGCUGGUUUGUCUGUCAUCGCCCCCGAGCUUGUUCUCCACAGCGUGAUGCCCAUCUUCACUUUCAUGGGAUCCAGUGUUCUUCGAAAGGACGAUGACUAUUCAGUUGCUGUUAUCGACCAGACUAUCGAUCAGGUUGUUCCUGCCCUUAUCCAGUCCCUUCGCAACCAGAAGCGCGAUAUCGUUUCGGGAACUUCUGAGCUUCUGCUCAGCUUCACUGCGGCCUUCGAGCACAUUCCAUCCCACCGCCGCCUCCGCCUCUUCCACGCUUUGAUCACCAAGCUUGGCACCCAGGACUUCUUGUUCGCUGUCCUCGCCAUGCUGGCCAACCGUUAUGCCACAGACAAGGAUGUUCUUACCUUGAUGACUGGUGUUGCCUCAGAUACCACUCCAGUUGUAGAGUUGACAACUUACAGCAAGUAUUUGAACCUUGUCAUCGACGCGUUGAAGCCUAAGCCGGGUAUCUCCAAGGUCCUCCUUGGCAUUGGUAGCGACGAUGGACGCGACCCCCAGAAGGUUGCCGUCGAUCUGCUCCGUGAUCUCGCUCACUUGCUGAAGCAUUCGUCCCUGAAAGCCAAGCUGGAAGCCGCAUUCGAGACCGAGAAUGAGGUUGCCGAUCAAGUUCGUGCUUGCUUCUCUCGGGUUCUGGAACAGGUCCUGGGCAUUGGCGAGUCUGUGCAGAGCAUGAAGCCUGUUAGCCAGGCUUGUGGUGAGGUUUUGGGCUCUCUGUUCGGCACAUUGUCUCUCGUCGACUUCCUCGAUACCAUUGAAGUGCUUCUCGAAGGACCCAAUGAUGAUCUCCGACGCAAGGUGCUUCGGCUAUUGGAGAACCGUCUCCGUCAAACCCCUGAGAGGGAUAGCGAAUCCCAGAUCCGCGUGCUCGACUUCCUGCCCACCUUGGUCACUAUUGUUAAAUCCUCUCCAGAUUCGCUACUCAAGCAUGCCGCUGUUGCCUGCAUUGACCGUAUCACUGAGAAGUAUGGUCGGAAGGACCCGUCCAAGGUCAUCCCUGCAGCCCAGGUUGUUGCCAGUGCAUCCUGCCUUGGCCAGGAUGAUGAGCGUAUCCGCAUCAUGGGUGUUCUGUGCCUCGCAUCCAUGGCUGAGGUUCUGGGUCAAGCUAUGAUCCCGGCUCUUCCGGACGCGAUGAGCCGCUCUCUAGAGCUGCUGGAGCUGAGCUUGACCCCCGACAGGGAGAACUCGCGCCUCCACGAUGCUGUCUUCUCGCUGUUCUCCGCUCUGCUUGUCAACCUGCCAUUCAUGAUCUCAGCCGGUCACCUGGACAAGAUUUUGCGUCUUGCAUUCAAGUCUACCGAGGCAGACCUUGAGGAUAGCUCUGACGACAGCCGUUUGGAGACUCUUCGCCUGAUGGCCUCUCGCAAGAUGGACCUCGCCGCUACCCUUGGCGCUAUCGAUCGCAACUGGCACUAUGCUGUUGAGACUGGUUCCACCGCUGUCAACGAGAUUCUGGAGGUUCUCGCGCUUGCCGUCGAGAAGAACCCCAAGUCGGCAGUUGUCAAGAAUGUCAACGUUCUGUCGAAGAUUCUCUUCAAUGCUUUCGACCUGCGCCGGGAGCAGGUCAGUCUUGGUGACGCAACCGACUUCGACGCCUCCGACCUUGACGAGGCUGAGAGUGCUCUGAACGAUGUCACCAUCAAGAUGAUCUACAAGCUUAAUGACAGCACCUUCCGCCCGCUCUUCAUCAGAUUCGUUGAAUGGGCAACCACAGGUGUGUCCAAGAAGGACGAGCAAGGCCAGGUCUCUCGCCUCACCACUUUCUAUACCUUCCUCCAGGUGUUCUUCGGCACCCUCCAGUCAAUUGUCACCGGAUAUUCCAACUACAUCCUGGAGAACGUCGUUGAGAUUCUGGGCACGGUUGGCCCAGCCAAGACCACUAAGGCUCUUUGGCUGGCAGCUCUGCGCACACUUCGCAACUCGUUCGAACACGAUCAAGAUGAAUUCUGGCAAUCUCCCUCCCAUCUGGCCAGUAUCUCCGGACCUCUUAUUUCACAGCUUGCCCACGCAACCACCUCCAAGACUGCUGCACUUGUUGCUGAAGAAGUCGUCCCCGCCAUUACUGAGCUGGCUGUCGCUGCCGAUUCUACCGAUAACUACAAGGAGCUCAACAUGACUCUGAUGAGGUACCUUCGUCCCUCGACGGCUCCCAACGCCAAGUCCGCGGGUGGUGAUAACCCCUUCACUCGUCUUGCCGCCCUCAAGGCCGAGCAGGCCCUUACUGAGCAGCUCGGUGAGGAAUGGCUCGCUCUGCUUCCUGAGAUGUUGCCAUACAUCAGCGAGCUGAUGGAGGAUGAGGAUGAGAGUGUCGAGAGGGAAGUCCGUAAGUGGGUGAAGCAGAUUGAAGGUGUGCUCGGUGAGCGACUUGAUGAUAUGUUGACCUAG